GCCAAUCACGUACGAAGAUGUCAAUGAUAUAUGGGCUUUCCUAAAGCCCCUAAAGAAAGAACUUUGGCUAACAAGUAUAGCAUUUUUCUUUCUUACGGGUCUGGCGGUCUGGAUACUUGAACAUAGGGUGAGCUCUGCCUUUCGAGGUCCUCCUUCUCAACAUGUUGGCAUGAUCUUCUACUUUCCCUUCUCAACACUAGUAUUUGCACACCGAGAAAGAAUAGUGAACAAUUUAGCUCGACUGGUUGUAGUGGUAUGGAUGUUCGUCAUACUCAUCCUGAACUCCACUUACACUGCAAGCUUAUCAUCAAGAUUAACCGUACAAAGACUACAACCAGCAAUCACAGAUGUUAGCGAGCUAAUCAAGAAUAGAGAUUUUGUUGGGUGCCAAGAAGGCUCAUUCAUAGUGGACUUCUUGAGAAAAAAGGGAUUUGAUGAUUCCAGGAUCAGGACAUUCACUUCCCCAUAUGACUGCGAUGAAGCCUUGUCUAGAGGAAGUAAAAGUGGUGGCAUAUCAGCAUACUAUGAUGUCAUUCCCUACUCCAAGCUCUUCCUAUCCAAACAUUGCGACAAAUAUAUGACAGUUGGGCCUACCUAUCGCACGGACGGCUUUGCCUUUGUUUUCCCUAAAGGAUCUCCUUUAGUUGCUGAUGUGUCUCGAGCAGUCAUAGAAUUAACAGAGAAUGGGAAGAUAUUGGAAAUGGAGCAACAUUGGUUGAGAAAUGAACAAACCUGCGCAGGACCAGAUGACAAUAUGAACUCAAUCACGAUCUCGUUGCAAAGUUUCAAAGGCCUUUUUGCCAUUACAGGAGGAGUUACAGCAGUAAGCCUCCUCAUUUUUAUAGCCAGCUACUUGUACAAGUACAGAGAUUUCCACAGAAGAGUAUCAAAUUCUAGAAUCACAAUUUGGUCAAAAGUUGUAGCAAUUUGCAGACACUUCGAUCAGAGAGACCUCUCAUCUGGACAACCCCAAGAUAAACUUCCAGAAUCUGGAAUUAGUCCAAAUAGUUCUUCAGACCAUUCUGUUCAACCACCAAAUUUACCAAGAAAUCAUUCCAACUCCAAUGAAAUAGUGUCCUCUGCACCAGAAGAGCUGCAUGAUGCCACUACUGCGACAAUUCAUUCUUUGAAUUUGGAAGACAUGUCUGAUGUACAACACUCAGGAGUAAUUCUUCCAUCUGCAUAACUGAGUUGACUGUAAAGUUGCACUGUACAUACUACCAGCUAAUUGUGCAAUUCUUUGAUUUCUUACUUGUUAACGUUUUA